AUGCUGCUUCAAAUUAGCUACAAUCUAAGUUUACCAGUUGAAUUUGGUAGUAGAAAUAGUCCUUGGUUACAAAAUCAGCAGCAAACAUUGGGUUGGUCUCGGAAUUUACCAGAACCCCAGUGGACAUUUAGUGGAUCAUACAUAAACAAUGAUGGUUUUCGUUUCAAUCCGGAAUAUUACGAUACUAGUCGCUUUUCCGUAGCUCCUCGUAUCGAUUAUGAUUGGGAUCGAGGAGUGACAGGAGGUGGUAUUCGACUUGGAUAUCGAUUUCGAAGAAGUGCUGAUGAACAAAACGAGUUAGCUCAACAAAAUGUUGAUUUAAUUUACGAUGGAAAUGAUGGUGAUGCACCGGUUGUCAAUUGA